CAGGACAUCAUCGGAGCAGAGAGGAGGAUGAACUGGGUUUUUUUGGAGAGCAUUCUCAGCGGGGUGAACAAGUACUCCACUGUGAUCGGACGCAUCUGGCUGACUGUGGUCUUCGUGUUCAGGAUCCUGGUGUACGUCGCUGCCGCCGAGCAGGUGUGGAAGGACGAGCAGAAGGACUUUGUCUGCAACACGGAGCAACCCGGCUGCGAAAACGCCUGCUUUGACUUCUUCUUCCCCAUCUCGCAGGUGCGCCUCUGGGCCCUGCAGCUGAUCGUGGUGUCCACGCCCUCCCUGCUGGUGGCCUUGCAUGUGGCCUACAGGGAGCACCGCGAGGCCAGAUAUAAACGCAAACUCUACGAGGACAAGGGGAGCAUCGAUGGGGGUCUUUUCUACACCUACACCAUCAGCCUGGUCUUUAAAACCGCCUUUGAAAUCGGUUCCCUGUUGGCUUUUUACUUUCUGUACAACGGCUUUGACGUGCCCAUCCUGCUGAAGUGCAGCCAGAGCCCCUGCCCCAACACGGUGGACUGUUACAUCGCCCGAGCCACGGAGAAGAAGAUCUUCCUCUACAUCAUGGGCUGCACCUCCAUUCUUUGCAUCUGUCUGAACUUUGUGGAGUUCUUGUACAUCAUGUGGAAGUGGGUGUGUAAAUGCUUCAGCAGGUACUACGUUCCUGUAGAGAAGCCGUACAGCCGCUGCCAGUCAAAAGUCCUCAUUGAUAACAGAUUCGCUUCAACUGAGUCGGCAUCAAACACAAAGCUCUCCUGCUCAGAUCCAGCCCCUGCGGGUGGAAAACCUGCCAGUCCGGUCCUGGAGGGCCAGGUCCAAUCAGAAGCUACCAACUCAAAAUGAAACCAGUAGAUGUUUGCAUUAAGAUCUGUCUGAUAUGAUGUUUAACUGCUUUGUAAAAAAUAAGAAACAUCCAAAUCACCCUUUUUCUCACUUUACCUCCAGCUCAGGUUCUCUAGAAGAUUUGAAGGUUCUGUUUAGUGUCGUUCCUAGGACCGGACUUUUCAAUAAAGAGAUAUGAAGUUAUUUCUGGGACUUGUUGGACUCAUGCUUGCAGUUUUGGGGGUCAGAGCAUAUGCUUCUUUCUCUGAUGUUACAGUGGGUUGAAAUGACUAAAACUGUCAUUGAGCUUCUGUAGUUUGUCCACCAGCUCAAUGCUCGGUUGGUUAGCCAUCACCUCUCUGGGUCUGGAGGUCCUCCAACAUUCUCCAUCACCCGAAGUGGAGUUUACUACUUUGACUUGUGGGACUUCCAGUUCACACUCAGCACAGAUGUUCAUAUACUGUAUAUUAUUUUAGUCACUUCAC